UUUGUCAUUGAUGUUGGGUUGCUCGGUUCAUUUUACUCUGUGUGACUUCCACUCUCAGGGUCCAAGUACAUUCACCACUUCUGGUCAUGUGGCUCUCAAAGCUUUUAUGCUGCAGGAUUUAUCAGCAUGCAAGCUUUCUUUUGCAAGAGAUUUUAUAGCAUGCUGAAUAAGUGAAAAAAAUCCUGUAAUAGAAAAGUGUCGUGCAAAUAUGAAAAGCAUGAUAAAGAAGUAUUGUUGUUCAAAAUGUUAGAAAUACGAAUGACUGAGCUAACUGGAAUUAUUUUUUUUACUUUCUUUAGACUGAGUGAAAUAAUUAAUUGAUGCUAAUAAAUUAUUUCUGUUCACUUAAUGAAGUUAAAUUCCAAUAUUCAUUUACACCCAAGAAUAUCCUGCAGGUUACAGAAGGGAAAAUUCAUUCGGCAGUGAGGUUUAGGACCUAUUCUAAGCUUCAGUUAGACAAUCUUUCAUAAUCUCUAUCAACCUCAAUAAAUUGUCUAAUUUCUAUGGUUGUCAUCAGUGUUUUAUGUGCACGAUUCAAGUGCGAAAGUAGAUUAAGCACAAAUUGGUCUUAUUUUAAUACUUUGCUUCUAUUCCACCUAACAAUUUAGCCAAAAGUAUUGUAACCAAGAGGCAUUUUUGGCUCCACAGUCUGCAGACUGCUCUCAAUAAUUGGAAGAUGAGUGACACACACGGGCGUAGCUUUGUUGAGGUUAUUUGUGAGAAGUAUAGCCCAGAAAACUUCCCAUAUCGACGAGGAAUGGGUAUUGGCAUCCACGUCUCUGUUGGGCCCGAGGGUUCACCUGUGAAAGCUCGUCUAAACCUUCCUGCUGUCCUCGUGCUGGAUGGUUGCGGAAUUAACAGAGCCGGAGAGGAGAGUGACAUUGCUGCCUUCUGCUCGCACGUUUCUGAACUCGACUUGUCCGAUAAUAAUCUACAAGACUGGUACGAGAUCGGUAAAAUCGUGUCAAAUCUCGCCAAUCUGACCUUUCUAAAUCUCACCUCGAAUCCGCUGACCGAGGCCAGGUUAGACUCAACAUGUGCUGCCUCUUUCUCAAAAAUACAGAGACUUGUCCUCAACAAUACCAAGCUUUCAUGGGAAACCAUUCACACGUUUCUGCAGGAGUUACCAGGGUUAGAGGAACUCUUCCUGUGCUUUAACGACUACACGACAGUUUUGUUGUCACCCUGUUCCUAUCCAUCACUUCGACUCCUACAUAUUACUGACAAUAAUCUUGCUGACUGGGCAGAGAUACACAACCUUGGACAGAUGUUCCCAGGUCUGGACACAUUAAUCCUAGCGAACAACCCUCUAGUCAGCAUAAUGGAUUCACAGGCAACUUUGGCACGACUUUUCCAAAAUCUGCGAUCGAUAAAUCUUCAUAACUCAGGACUAAGCUCAUGGGAUGACAUCGAUAAACUCAAAGCAUUUCCUAAACUGGAGGAAGUGAGACUUCUGGGAAUUCCAUUACUGCAGAAUUAUUCUGAGGAGGAACGACGCAAGCUCGUCAUAGCUAGGUUACCAUCUAUUAUUCUAUUAAAUGGGAGUAAAGUUGCAGGAGAAAGGAUAGAUGCAGAGCGAUUUUUCAUCCGUUACUACUUAAAUCAGCCAGAUGAAGAUUUACCAGAAAGAUAUCACGAACUGGUAACACAAUAUGGUGUAUUGGAACCAUUGGCUGUGGUUGACCUCCGACCCCAGAGUCGUGCUAAAGUAGAAGUUCACUUUGAGGGUAAAGUUGAAGUGAUGAGCAUUCGUCUCGAUCAGACUGUGGCUGAUCUGAAGAAACAACUUCGGAAUGUCGUGCAAUUGUCAACCAAUAAUAUGCGCUUGUAUUACAUUGACCAAGACAUGGUAAAAGCCUUUGGACCAGAAGAAAUGAAAUACAACACACGUGCCCUUCACUCAUUUAGCAUUCGAGAUGGAGAUGAGAUUCAUGUAGAACCAAAAACAAAAUAGUCUUGUGAAUUUACUCACAAUCUUUACAAUUUUUACACAAAUAUUUUGUUUGUUAAUGAAAGUGUUGCUGGGUUACAGUAUGUUUUCACAAUUGUAACUGUAAAAGGGUUAGUGAUCCAUGUAUAGGUACCGAUUAAUGCUGAAACUAGUUCACAAUAAAGAUCAAAGUUCCUGCCAGGGAUGGAAGAAAGUUUCUGUGAUGAACAUAAGAUAAAUCUGUUUGAGGCAAUCCAGUAAUUACAGAGGCUGAGAUUGCCACCAGUCUUCGGUCAUUAGAGGCGUGGUGUAAUGUGAUUAUUGAAUACGAUGGUGUAAAGUAUCACUAAUUACUGUGCACUGUAUUACAUGAGAGCAAAUAUUGAGUGAGGUAACACAAAUCUGGAGUUAGAGCCUUUAUGUAAUUGUUUAAUUACCAAUCUUUUAAGGUUUUAUGAACGUAAGUCACCAGUGUCAGGCAAUACGAUUUAUUGUGAACAGCUCUGUGGAGAACAGAAAGCUGGGAUUAUGUUCAGAGUACAAACAGUUCUUGCUCAUAGUUAGCACUGGAUAAUACCAUGCCAUCGUUUCAGUUCCAUCACUCACCCUCUUGCCAUCAAAAAGAGACUAUAUUAUCCUUAAAACAGUUUUUUAAAACAAUCCACAGCAUGUACCAGGUUUCCCCCGCCGUCCGAAGAUAGAACAUUCCUAUGAAACGGUUCGUAAGCCGGAAUGUCGUAAAGCGAAGAAGCAAUUACCAUUUAUUUAUAUGGGAAAAUUUUGUGAGCGUUCGCAGACCCAAAAAUAACCUACCAAAUCAUGCCAAAUAACACACAAAACCUAAAAUAACAGUAACAUAUAGUAAAAGCAGGAAUGAUAUGAUAAAUACACAGCUUAUAUAAAGUUGAAAUACUUUUCCACAAUCAUUGCCUGAACUGUUCUCCGUAGCGAAAAUCUCACGCAAGCGCCAUCAGCAAAAACACAGCGCAAGCGCUCUCCAGUAACCUUUAAGCUAUGAAGCUGUCAAAUCAGUAGAAAUAAUGUAUGUACAGUGUAGUAUCACUUACCGGAAUCGGGAAGGCAGCGUCGAGCACACUGAUGAUGGUGUGUUAGACUUGUUGGAGUUUGGGUGGUGCAGUGGCCCCCACCCUCCAGGCUGCUGAGCGAUACAUUGCCGCGAAGCAUGCAGUGGUACAGCGGUAGCCGGGACGCAUCCAGCACAUCUUUAAGAAAAAAGCCGAA